AAAUGUACGCUCCUGCAUGUGUUAUGUCAAUAUUUAUUGCUGCAGAAGCCCUACCUCCCCAACCCACGCCAGCACUCCCACCCCAACCGCCAGCCCCACAACCACAGCCGGCUCCUCAUCAACCAAGGCAACGGAGGCGUGCUAGGCCACCAAUUUUCCGAACCCGUGUCCUACUUUUUGGUAUGCCAGAUGAUGUGGUGGUGCGUAGAUACAGGCUGCCACCACAUCUAAUCCUAGACACUCUCUCCAUAAUAGAGAGUGAUCUGGAGUCUGAAAUUCGGUAUCCUACAGCAAUACCACCAUUGACACAAUUCCUUGCAGUGUUACAUUUUUUGGCUACAGCCUCAUAUCAGCAUGUUGUGGGAGACCUGGUUGGCAUGUCGCAGGGCCAGUUCAGUAAGGUCCUGCGGCGUGUCUGCCAGGCUUUCCUAAAGCGGGUGAAGCAAUUCAUUGAUAUGCCUUUGGAUGUUGGUGCCCUAGAUGUGGUGAAGCGGCAAUUUGAGGAAGGUGGUAGUCGCUUCCCACAUGUUAUUGGGGUUGUGGAUGGCACACAUGUUGCUAUUCAGCCACCAAGACAUAAUGAAGAAAUUUAUAGAAACAGGAAACUGUUUCAUUCUCUGAAUGUAAUGGUUGUUUGUGGGCCAUCCCUCCAGAUCCUUUCCCUGAAUGCAAAAUUUACUGGAAGUUCACAUGAUGCAUAUGUCAUUAGACAAUCAGGGAUAUGGCAGAGAUUAAGAUCAAGUCAACGAGCAGACAUGUGGUUAUUGGGAGACCGUGGAUAUCCUUGCACCCCCUGGCUCAUGACUCCUUACCGUAAUCCCAGGCCAGGACCACAGAUGGCAUUUAACUCCGCGCUUACUGCCACUAGGCAGCUGGUGGAGCGCACAAUUGGUGUCCUUAAAGGGCGGUUUCGUGUGCUCCACCGCACUGGUGGCGACAUCAUGUAUUCGCCGGAGAUGGCAAGUAAAAUAGUGGUCCUGUGCGCAAUACUGCAUAAUAUCGCGGUAAGGAGUAGUGUAGAGCUUCCUCAGGCAGAGGAAUUGCCUGAUGAGGAGCCAGGGGUUGUUCGACACUUCGGUGGGGGGAGUGUUACACGGAGGGGGAGCCAAGUGAGGGCAAGGAUUGUUGCCGAAUAUUUCAGCUGAAUGAUCACACGAACUGUGGACAACAACAACGGCACAACUCUCCGCCCCCUUCCCCUUCCCAGUCCCCCUCCCCUUCUCACUCCCCCUCCCCUUCACAGUCCCCCUCCCCUUCCCAGUCCCACUCAGCUUCCCAGUCCCCCUCAGCUUCCCAGUCCCCCUCAUCUUCCCAGUCCCCCUCAUCUUCCCAGUCCCCAUCAGCUUCCCAGUCCCCCUCAGCUUCCCUGGCCCACUCCACUUUCCACUCCCCUUCUCACCACACCUCUCCAUCUCUUUCUGGGACCCCUUCUCCUCCUUCCCAUACCCCUUCUCCUUCAACUUCUACAUCACCAUCUCAACCCCCCUCACCCUCUAUUGCAUUAACUUUCUCUCCGCCCCCCUCGCCCUCUCAAU